GAAUCGUGCCCUCCUCCCAACUUCGUCAUUUCCUCUCUCUUUCGCACUUUACUUUUCUCUCUCCUCUCUCUUGUCUGACCGUUCAUUUUCCGGUGCCGGCGGGGCAAGAAGCUUUCUAUUUCAAUGGAUAAUUCCACAAAAUACGUCCAUCUUAAUCGGUUUAUCAUCAAUUAAUCGUCGAUUUCGGGUAUAUCUGUUCCUACUUGCAACUCUUGUUCUUUGAUUCUUGCUCUCUGGUGAGAAUCCAUUCAUCUUUUUUGAUUAAUCUCACUCUCUUACUUCGUAAACAUCGAUCUCAUCUAGCAUCGAGAUUGAACAUCUUGCAAAUAUUUAGGUUUUAUUUCAGAAAAAAAAACAAAAAAAAUUAUGAUAUCAUUAUCGGUGUUCGUCGUCGUCGUCUGAUCUUCGGAAUAGCUGUUUUCUGUUUGAAUUCAUCUAUAUUGUAGAAUAGAAACUGGAUCGAUGACAUUAAUUGAUUUGGAGAUUAUUAGGAUCUGAUUUUUCUAAACUUCAACAAAAACCCAACUCUAGGGUUUACGGGAUUUUGUUGAGUUUUUGAAACAUGUCUUCAUCAGGCGUUGCGAUUAGUCAAAUUCGGAGUGAAUCCGCAAUCUCUUCUGGUCAUUUAACUGAUCAGAGCGAAUUGAUUAUGAUAUUUGUUGCUGUUUCUGGAUCGAUGAUUCCUUUGCGUGUUUUCGAGUCAGAUUCAGUUGAAACAAUUAAGUUUAGACUCCAGAGACAUAAUGGAUUUGUUGUGAAGAAUCAGAAGCUUGUUUGUAGUGGGAGAGAGCUUGCACGAAGUAAUUCUCUCGUUCGUGACUAUGGUGUCACUGAUGGAAACAUUAUCCAUUUAGUUCUUCGUCUUUCGGAUCUUCAAGUUAUCAAUGUUAAGACAUCCUCUGGGAAAGAGUUCACCUUCCAUGUUGAACGAUCUAGAGAUGUUGGAUAUGUUAAACGCAAGAUCUCUAGGAAGAAGAAGUCAUCCAGAUUAGUUGAUUCCGACGAAGAAGAAGUUAUUACAACGUCCAAUGGUGAGCAGUUGGAAGAUGGUAGGCUUAUAAACGACAUCUGCAAGAGCAAUGAUGCAGUUGUUCAUCUCUUCGUCGGAAAAUCUGCAAAGAUUAGAUCUAAACCUGUUGAUAAACAUUUCGAAUUGUCCAUAGUUGCACCCCAAAUUAAGGUUAACAGUAUAGUUGUACCUGAUAAGCCACCAGAUAGAGACAUCUUGCUUGAACCAGUGAUUGUAAAUCCGAAAAUCGAAGUUCCAUUUGUGAUUUCCGAAAUGAUCGAUUCAACUACAAAAGGACUUGAAAUGGGAAACUACCCGAUCAAGACUGCAGAAGGAACUGGAGGAGCGUAUUUCAUCCCAGAUGAAUCGGGUAACAAUUAUGUCUCUGUAUUCAAGCCGAUUGACGAAGAACCCAUGGCUGUGAAUAAUCCGGGAUCUCUUCCUAUUUCGAUUGAUGGUGAGGGUUUAAAGAAAGGAACCAGAGUAGGGGAAGGUGCUUUAAGGGAAGCUGCAGCCUAUAUUUUGGACCAUUGUCAUAAAAAAGAUGGUCUUGAGUCGAUUGGGUUUUCUGGUGUUCCUCCAACAACAAUCGUGAAGUGUUUGCACAGGGGAUUCCAUCACCCUGAUGGUAUUCGAGUUAAGAUUGGAUCACUUCAGAUGUUCAUGGAAAAUCAGGGAAGUUGUGAGGAUAUUGGUCCCGGUUCUUUUCCAGUUCAAGAGGUUCACAAAAUCUCUGUUUUGGAUAUUCGGAUGGCGAAUGCAGAUAGGCAUGCCGGAAACAUCCUUCUGCAAAAGGAUAAAAGUGGCCAGACAAGGCUGAUUCCUAUCGACCAUGGUUACUGCUUGCCCGAUUCAUUUGAAGAUUGUACCUUUGAGUGGCUCUACUGGCCUCAAGCAAAGCACGCAUACAACCAAGAGACUCUAGAAUACAUCGAAUCACUAGAUGCUGAAGCAGACAUUGCUCUAUUGAAAUUACAUGGUUGGGAUAUGCCAAUUGAAACUGCUCGCACUCUUCGGAUUUCCACAAUGCUACUUAAGAAAGGGGCCGAAAGAGGUAUGACCCCAUUUGCUAUUGGAAACAUUAUGUGCAGAGCAAGCUUGAAAAAGGAAUCGAUUUUGGAAGAAAUCGUACAAGAAGCCAUGGACUCUGUUCUCCCCGGUUCUAGUGAAGAUUCUUUUGUGGAAGCAGUUUCUCAUGUUAUGGACCGUCGCUUGAACGAAAAGAAAAAUGGCAAGUAAACUAAACUAACUAUCCUAGAAAAUAGUAAUAAUAAGGUUUGCUUGUAUACUAUAUGCUUUUAUAUGAUUUGCAUAUGUGUGUACAUGUUUGUUAUCUCCGUACAAAAAUGUCUUGACUCUGUAAAAUGCCCUUCAUUUUUUAUUUUCAUUUUGGCUGUUUUUUUUUUCGAAAAAAAAAAAAACGGCUUUGGGGAGUUAAUACUUCUUCUGUAAGGUUUGUAAUCUUCUACCUAAUUCCUAUUAUUUUCUUCAGAUUUC